GCUUAGCGCCACCCGGAAGUGCUGUUGGCCCACGUGCGGCCAUGGCGGCCCCGGCCAAGCGGCGCCGGGCGGCGGGGCCGGAUCCCAUCGCGGCCUUCGUGGCGUGGUGCGAAGCGGCGGGAGUGGAGCUGAGCCACAAGGUGUCCAUCAGCCGGCGGGGCACCGUGUCGGGAUACGGGCUGCUGGCCGCCGCCGACCUGGAGCCGGGGGAGCUGCUGUUCAACGUGCCGCGCAGCGCGAUGCUGUCACAGCACAACUGCGGGAUCGGGGACCUGCUGAGCCACGCCCACGAGUCCCUGCAGAGCCAGUCCGGGUGGGUGCCGCUACUGCUGGCCCUAAUGCACGAGUUCACCACCAGCAGCUCCCGAUGGCGGCCGUACUUCGACCUGUGGCAGGACUUCGGCAGCCUGGAGCACCCCAUGUUCUGGCCAGAAGAAGAGCGAACCAGGCUCCUGCAGGGCACCGGCAUCCCCGAGGCGGUGGCCAAGGACCUGGCCAACAUCCAGCUGGAGUACAGCUCCAUCAUCCUGCCCUUCAUGAAGUCCCACCCUGAUGUCUUUGACCCUAAGCUGCACACGCUGGAGCUGUACAAGCAGCUGGUGGCGUUUGUCAUGGCUUACAGCUUUCAGGAGCCUUUGGAGGAGGAAGAUGAAGAUGAGAAGGGCCCCAACCCUCCCAUGAUGGUGCCUGUAGCUGAUAUUUUGAAUCACGUGGCCAACCAUAACGCCAGCCUGGAAUACGCUCCUAAGUGUUUGCGGAUGGUCACAACGCAACCCAUCAGCAAAGGGCAGGAGAUCUUCAACACGUACGGGCAGAUGGCCAACUGGCAGCUCCUGCACAUGUACGGCUUCGCAGAGCCAUAUCCAGGCAACACCAACGACACGGCCGACAUCCAGAUGGUGACGGUGCGGAAGGCAGCAAUGCAGCGUGCCAAAAGCAAAGCGCAGCAGCAGCUGGUGGCAGAGCAGUGGGACUUCUUGUGCCAGCUGGAGAUGGUGGGGGAGGAAGGCGCCUUCGUGCUGGGAUGGGAUGAAGUGCUCACAGAGGAGGAGCUGUCUGUGACCCUAAAGGUGCUGUGCAUGUCAGAAGAGGAGUUCAAGGAGUACAAGGAACAAGACGGCUGGGAGGACGACAGUGAGGAAGAGGAAAACUCAACCCUUUCCAAUGCAGCUCUGUCCAAACUGAAAGCCCCUUGUAAGAUGCUGCUUUACGACAGCGUGCUGCUGACCUUGGAGUCGUACAGGUCAGACCUGAGAGCGGAGGAGGACUUGCUCAAUAAAGAGGUUUAUGAGAAGCUGAGUCGAAGGGAGCAGCAAGCUUUGCACGUGCGCUACGGACAGAAAAGGAUCUUGCAUCAGCUGCUACAGUUGGUGCAAUAAAAGCCUCACUGCCCCUGGAGAUCAGCUGCACAGAACUGUGCUCAGGCAGGAGCUCAGCCUUCAGCAAGGAAGGAAGACCAGCACACACCAUCAUCAUAUAAAAGAAGCGGGUUCCCUCACUCAGCAUCAGAGAUCUGAGGCAGUCGCUGUGCCUCGUCCAGGUGAAUAAGGCAGAAAUGCAGCUGGUAGCUCUUACCUCAUAGAAAUGCAGAGCAGAAGCACUAAGAACUGAACAGCUCACCUAUACUUCAAUGCUGAGCAUUCUGCAAGCGGGAGCCCAUCUGUUUCAGGCUUUCACACAGGCUCAGUACAGCACAGUGAUUCCUCUCACCUCUGCAGAAGGUAUUCUGUAAGAUGGGAGCAGUCACAGGCCUGCAGGUGCUGCAUGUUGGGCUUUAGAUACACACCCUAACUCAGGCACUACUAUUGUCCAUCACAUACAGCCUUAUUUGUCCCUUGGCAGCUUUGUAAGAUAACAUGCUGGAUGUUUGCAGGCCAAGCUGUGUUAAAUAAAGAUGGAGUUUCUUACCCAGCCAAACGCCGUCUCCUUCAGCAGGAUGCAAAACCCCCUCCAGAAGAUCUCUGCAAUGAUUGAAGCUGCAGCAACAGCAAACAUAAAGGUCAGAUGCAGCCCUUGGUGCACUGCUGGGGUCGGAGUGGUUUAACAUCACCUCAGGUAAUGGAGUGAUGCAGUGGCUGUUCUGAGUCCAGUCUGCCAUCCUGGCUUGGUUCUACAGCAGGCUACAUUUUGAACCAGGCACACAGCAGUGAAUGGAAAGGUUAUUCCUUCAACCAGAGGACACUGCACCCAGGGCCCCUGCUGGCAAGGAAUCCCCACAGAGGUGGCACCAGCACUGGUCUGACAGUGCCAGCUGUGGGUUCUUUCCCUCAUUAGGAAGAAAUGGUUACCUGUACCCUCCUACCAGCCCAUUAACUCCAUGUAACACAGGUUGGGAUUCUGGCAGAGUCCCCUCUGCCUCUCACCCUCUCUUACAGCAGCAUGACAGCUCCUAAGGCCUAAAGGGAACCAGAUGUGUACAGCAGUAUUAGUACAGAACCACAGAGACCUUUGAGCUUUAGCAGAGACAGCACUGGGAGCCAGUAGGUCAAGCCCACAGGCUCACAUGCAGAGCUUGACCUGAAGUUAAAUGGCAGAAAAACCCUGCCAAAUCUGGACUGGAUAAAUCUAGCAGCUGUUUGUUAGUUCUUUGUAUCCACUACAGGAGGGAAGAGCAAGCUGAAGUUUCAGCUCCAUAGCCAAAAUGUUCCAACUUGCAGUGAAUCCCCAUUUCCUAUCACUUCUAUGUUGUAAGGCUUGAGGAGCUUGCAGUAUUCAUCCCUAUGAGUUAACCUAGGUAAACCAGCAAGCUCGUACAGACACUUGAUGAAGAAUGUUAUACUGAGGGUAUCAUUAGAAGAGAGUGUUAUAUUAGGGGGUAUCAUGGGAAAUAAACCUGGUCUGCUACCUGU